CAUUAGUCUCCAUUAUGAGACUUCUAGGCGAAAUUGUCUCAGUGCUCGCUGAGGCCGUACGGGGAAUCUUCGGGCUCAUCAAUUCAUGCGACUUUACCAUCACUAGGUCCAGAGGACUUUGUCAAGGAUUAUGCGCACUGUUGAUGCUCCUGAUUCUUUCCACUGGCCUUUAAGUACCUGCCGACCUUGCUGAGGAGUGGAAGCCAUAGAAGUCAAUACACAUUCUCCGUCCUAUACACUUCUUCACAAGCUUUUCUUGUCUGAUAUAUUCGUGAACCAUGAAGGUCUCUAUCUCUCUCAUUGUUGCUACUCUAGCCACUAGUGUUUUCGCGGACUUACACUACACUGGUAUCUGUGUUGACAAUCCUGCCAAGGGUGUGACUGUUUAUAACAAACAAGCAACGGAAAAGGCAUGCGCGGCAUAUAAGAACCGCAACAGGGGAGAUGCACAGUGGGAUAGAUGUCCGGACUGUACACUCAAGAGCGAUCACGACAUCCUGUUUUAUUGCCAGACGGCGGCACAGCACAUUGGGGGAGAUGAGUUAGAAUAUUAUUGCAAGCAGAAUGGGGCGAGCAGUAGUAUAGCUUGGUGAAGGGAGCUGUUGAACAAUAUUGCUGGAUUUGCGCUUCUGUAUUACAGAUAUCAGAGAAUAGGAGAAGUCAAUAGGAUCGAAGAGUCACAUGAUGAAGAGCUGU